GACUCGGAGCUCAACCUGAACACCUGCCUCCUCUCUUGCGAGACGCCCAGGGACGGCAUCAAGAAGGCCAACGAGAUCAUCCACACCUUCGCCACAGCGGUGCCCAACACCACGCGCUACACGAGGCCCGGCGAACCAUGUGCUUGGGUAUUCCUGCAGUUCUUCAUGACCGACAGGGUAGAGCUCAAGCAGAUCGUGCCGUGUGGACUGACAUCAUAUCUGACUGUUGUCGUGACAAGUAUCAAGAUACUUCUUCUUCUCCAAUCCAAUUUCUUCAGCGAGUGCAACAACUUCGCGACCGAGGGCGCAGGGGGGAGGCCGCUGGACGCCGCCGACCCACCCUCACCAUGGGCCACCCCUACAUGGCGCGAGCCCGACUCAAGACCGACAGCUCGGCAGGCAACGACCAGAUCUGCACGGGGAUGGUCCGCGAACUCUUCGGCCACCAGCGUCGAGACGUGCUGCCAGUUAUUCAAAGCUCGACUGGAGUCAGACGAGCACCAGGCGGUCGAAUUUUGGGCCACCAUCAUCAUGGCGUUCUUGGAGAAAGCCCAACAUAGUUUCCUUUACCGUGUCGUUUCUCUGAUCGGUGUGUUUCAGAAGUGGUACAUCAAUGCGUUGAUGAUCCUGGUGGAGGAGGAUGAGGAGAUGAGCGACGCGAACCACCUCGGCAACUUUGGAUUCCAGACGGGCCGCAACUGCUGCCAGCUCACGGGGCCCAUCAGGAACCUGUUCUCCAAGAGGUGGGAGUGGCCCGACAAGCUGCCGCUCUUCAUCUUUUCGGGGGACGUGCUGCAGGCCUUCGAUUACCUCAGCCCUGCAGCGUGCUCUCGCGCGCUGCAGUUCCGCCGCGUGCACGGUUCGCUUGCUGCUGCA